UAUCGCUUCGUCCUCUGUCGUCAUGUCAGUGUUGUGUUUAGAGAUUUGUAAAAAUUAGGAACAGGAACUACACAUUCUUAUAUCUGUUUCUUGUCCUUAUGUAUGUUACCAAAACAUUAAUUUCAAAUAUAAUUCUCAUUAAUAGUGGUAAACAAGAUUUAGAAGUGAAAUAAAUUGUCAUGCCUUUAAUUGAACUGCCAACGAUGGUGUUUCCUGAAUAUGUGCUCCAAAGGUUAUGUUUAUGUUAAUGUUUAGCUAGGACCUUAAUUAAUUAUGUGUGAUUUAUGAUGCCCAAAGUGUGUAGGCUAUUUAAACUGGUUGUUCAGUAUGGACUUUGAUGUAUGACGCAGAAGUUAGGGUAGCCUAAUUAGUUUAAUUGUUGUCACUGUUUUCAUUAUUAUUAACUUAGGCCUAUACUCUUGCAACAUAAGUUAACUGAUAGACAUGAUCAAGCACAGAUUCUCUGAGAACCUGGAUCAUCUUUAAAUAAGUUUAAUCAAAGUCAGCCAAAUUAAUUUAAAUACCGGAACACUCUUUGUUGAGUCCUAUUACUUGUCAAUUAAAUACUCAGCUUGUGAGAUGAGAACCAAAAAUUACCUUUUAGGAUUCACUUGCAUUGUAAUAACAAGCAUACUGUUGAUACUUUUUGGAGACCAGAGACCAGCUGUGCAAAGUAUUCUUACGGAGACCCACAAACAGUUGAAAAACAACAUCCAAACCUUUAAGGAUAACUUGAAAGAAGCAGAAGAGAAGCGCUGGACUGCAGACGAGAAAUAUUUGUUGGCUCUGGGUUUCAACUCAAGUCCUCGUUUGUACCCUCAGUCUGUUUGGACCAACACGUCCCUCCCUGUGAUUGUUUCUUAUCUUUUCGACGGAGAUGCGGAGUUGGGUGUUGGUCUGGUCAGGAACAUUGCACACUAUUUGCCUAACCACACGUUGCUCAUAUACAACCUUGGACUUGGCAGAUACGAUUUACAACUUAUACUUACAUACUGCAACACAAGUCGAUGCUCUGUGAUAGAUUUCUACCUCAGUGAUUUCCCAUCACAUGUUAACGAUCACAAAAUCCAUGCUUAUCGCCCUAUAAUAAUACAGGAUGCACUAAACCACGCAGGAGCAGUGUUGUUUAUGGAAAGUAAUCUUCGGCUGACAACAGGCCAUAUUCAUCCGUUGAUUGAGAAGGCUGUAGGAACAGCUGAUCAGGAAGGCAGUGGCAUCGUCUGCUGGGCAUCUAGACAAGCUGUGACGUCACUCACACAUCCUUCCAUGUUCAGAUACUUCCACACUACCACAAACGAAGGGUUCAUGUUUCUCCCCAUGGUAGAGGCUACAAGACUACUUGUGUACAACACACCAGAAGUACACAGGGAGAUCAUGCUACCUUGGAUACAGUGUUCUCUCACCCAUGAUUGUAUCCUACCUAUCGGAGCUCAGUCAGGUGGCUGUAGGUUUGAUAAAAAGCCACUUUACCGAUACUCCGGCUGUCACAGUUACGACUCGUCAGCCCUUAACAUCGUCCUCGGGCUUAAGUUCCAGUUUGACGAUACAAGAUAUUCUGCGCCGACGCCAGACUCUUGGUUUUACACGGUAUCAGCUGGUUCAGCGGCAGAGGAAGUAGCCAAGCUGCAAGAUAACGUAACAGAUGCUUCAACAACAGACAGCUGAGACCGGCCUAAACACAAAAUGGAGGAGGAACGGCGAUCAUUCUUGUUGUUAGGCCUAGUCAAAAUACAGGGAAAGAAGAUGUUUAGAAAAAUCAGGUAAUUUUUGUACAUCUAACACGUUGUAUAGAAACACUGGUCAACUGGGGUUGCUUGUGAACUCUUUAACUUUGGUUUCUGAAUUUCUUGUAAAGGUAAAGAAAAUGUUGAAAUUUCUAUAUUGUGAUUUUUCCACUGUGCAAUAAUGUUUUUAUCUAAGUUAUUAUUCAUUAUGGAUGUAAAAAGGUAUUAAUGUGUUACUGAAAUAUUUUUGUCAUGUACUUAAUCAACUUGGAAAACUGUUUCAAGGUAUUUUUUUUUUCUCACAAACUUUGGUAUUCGAGUUUGAUUGUGUCACUGCACCUCAUUGCUUUACAGAGGCUUUGAGGCCUCAAACCCAGGCAGGAGUAAAACAACAAGCUGCAGUUACUCCUCAAACCUAGGACCUAACUAAAUCAAGAGGGAUAGAAACCAUGAUUUCAUGUUCAUUAUCCCAGUAACUUUGGUGGUCAUAGAAGAGAACUUGGUGAGAGUUCUGACUACUGGAAACUGUGUACUGUACUGAUUAUCAAAUGAGAACCAAGGUACAUAACAAUGUACCGUACCGUACCAAACUGUACCAACCUUGAAUUUUCUGUACUGCAAUCUACUAAUAUUAUCUUUGGAAUUUCUUUUAGUUUAAACAAAUUUACUCUUUUAUGCCUUGUUCUGAUGCUUUCAGAAUUGUGUUAACACAAUUCAUCUCUAGAAUUGUAGUCUUCCAGGAUAAUUCUUUCCUUCCCCUUGUUUUUCUUAUUCGAUUUUUAGGCCUAAUAAGUAAUAAUACAUGUAUUGAUAAGUUACCAUUGAGUCAAGUACAGUAGUAUUUUAUACUACAUUUUUAUUUAUUACUAGCUGGCCCGACAGACGUCGUCCUGUCCUAGUGUGGAUUUAUGUAAAAUGCUCGUUCAUUUACAAGAUUAGUUCGUUCGCAUGGCUCAAUCAUGUCCUGGUUAAAGUUCGUUCGCUACGCUCACUCACCAUUUGGUUGCUAAUUAGCUGUUGAAGUUCGUUCGCUACGCUCACUCACCUUUAGGUUGGAGCUCGUUCGCUGCGCUCACUUGCCUUCAGGUUAGCUCGUUCGCUACGCUAACUCGCCUCCAGGUUGAAGUUCGUUCGCUACGCUCACUCACCUUUUGGUUGCAAGUUAGCUGUUAUCAUAAAUUAAAAAAAUAUAGUGCUGCACCCUGUUGGUAAACCUAUUAACUUUUUAAUGCUAUUGAACAUCACAGAAUCAGAUAGUUUAGUUGAACCAGCUGUUAAGAUUCUUUAAUUCCAUUUAAAUAUGAGUACUCAUAAGGUUAACAUGGGAAACUCCAGAGCCACUGGGGCGGAGCCCUUUUGACGGAUCUGCACCAAACUUCACACAAACCAUCCUUGAAUAAUGCUUGAUAAUGCCUGAAGGUUUCAUUACAAUCCGUCGAGCGGUUUCGGAGUCCAUAAAGGACAAACAUACAAAUAUACAAAUAUACAAACAUACAAAUAUACAAACAUACAAACAUACAUUGGAUUUUAUAUAUAUAGAUUUUGACCUAUUUUGUAUUUUCUUUAUUUACUUUUGCAUCUCUACCUGAAUGUGAUUUAGUAGCCUUGUAUUGAUAAUAUUUAGUUCCAAAUAAGCUUGUCUAGGUACUUGUAAAAAUGUAAAAUACAUCAACUAAGGUUCAGUUUAGUGUUACACUAAUUAGUGAUCUGAACAGUUGAGUAUUGAAUAAUUUCUCCUUCAGUGUGACUUUUUGCCAGUACUUAGCCUUCAUUCACACCAGCAGGGUGCGGAACCGUCCCGCAUUGGACGAAGCUAUUUAGACUAUUGAAUCGUAUGGGAGCUUUCACACCAGUGCAGGUUCACCGGGUUGAAAAAUCACCCGGAGGAAACUAAACUUUAAAUGCGGGACCAGACCAGAUGGCUAGUUUUGAGAACAUUGGCUCUUAUGUACGCUUUCACACUUGUGCGGGACGGACAUAAAUCAGUAGUAUUGACUGUCUGUGUCUAUCAGUAGUUCAGUGUCGAUGAUUUUGUAGUACUCUUGUUAACUUAGGAAUAGGAAAGUUUGUUGUUUUGGAUAUGGAGGAAGAAAUUUAUAUCGAGCUCUUGAUUAGUUUGUUCGAUAAUUAUAUUUUGGAUUGGUUUGAAGGCCAUUGAUGUGGGACAACACCCCGCUGCAGCAAACCAUCGUUCAUUUGCAUGAUUACAUUUUUACUUAAAAUGACAUUAGGCCUAAACAUGCCUGAUUUAUUUCAUGUAAAAAAAACAUUAGGUUCAACGACCACUUAAAUUUUCUUCUAUAUGGAAGGUAAUGAAGUGUUUUUUUACCUAAAACCUCAUAAAAUAUAUCCAUAAAUAUACAUAUAUCAAAAUUUGAACUACAGAAUUACUUUUUUCUCCCAUUGGGCCAGCAAAACAAAAUAUGGUCCCAGAUCUUUUUGUUAUUUUGCCACCUACGAAAAAACCCUUCAGCCCAAUAGGGAAGAAUUAGCUGAAACUGUCAAAGCAUACCAUAGAAUUAUGCUGUAGUAAAGGAAGCAUAAGCGAGCGGUGUAUUUACAAUUAGAAUCAUAUUUGCCGAGGACAUUCUACACAAGUUUAAGAUCUUCCUUUCAUUACCAUAACUGCUGGCCAUAGCUCACACCAUAACUUUUAAAAAUACAAUGAAUUGGCAUUUUUACACACACAGCUUCUGUCCAAAUGACUUAUUUAGCACAGGAGAACUGUACUUUAUUUUCGGAUACGACAAGUAACACAAACACCUUUCUUUUAUUCAUUUCAAUCAAAUACACCCAAAAAUCACAAAGUUUCAGCCUUGAAACUCCCGGAUCCAGACAGCUAGUGUGAAAGGGCCUUCCGGGACAUCCUGCAUCGACGGUACGGUACGGGGCCCUGCACCACACUGGUGUGAAAGAAAGCUUAGGUAGUUCUUUUAGCUAGCCUAUCUAAGGAAACAACAUCUUACUCAUGUUUGGUGUGACUUAAUUUUUAGUGGCGCUUCUGAAAAUUUUCUUUUUUUUCAAUAGAAACCAACUACAGUAUUGUAUAUGUUGUUCUUUCUAAUUACUGUAUAAUUUUCUCUUUAAAAAAAUUGAGUAAUCUUAUUCUAUUAUUGCUACCAAGUUUGGAAAUACUAAAUAAAUAUCUCUUUAUUGGCACAUAAACAUUUAGACCAAAUUAACAGUGUUGCCAUUAAACAGGUGAAAUUAUUGUAAAUGACAUAGCACUGUGACAAAAUAUCAGCUCAAAGAAAACCAAAGUUAUAUAAAGUUAAAAUAAUUAAACCGAGUUACUUACCGAGUUCAUUACCGGACUUAAAAAUAAUUGAGAUAUUUGAAUAUAUCAACUAUUUAUAAAUUUUAGUGGCUUAAGUUUGUCUAGAAGUAGAAUCAAUUCUCAAAUAUAAUAAAAAUCCACUUAAUUUAAAAAAUUAAUUACUUACUGUAGUGUAUAUGUACAGUACUAUUUCAUUCCAGAUAUUUUUGUUUACUAAAUAAAAACCAACCAAUCAUUUUUCAACUAACGGUCAUCAAAAUGUAAGGUUUCGAUUAAUUUAAGUCUACCUUUUCAAGCCUAGCAGUUCAGUUUAAAGCCAUGACCAAUAGAAAAAUGUAAUCUUUUUUGUGGAUGACCAACGAUUAUGUUUUAUUGCUAACCAUUUCCAGGCUUAGCUUCCAUUAGAAACUGUAUUUUUAUAAAACCCUAAUAGUAAUUUUAUUUUUAUUGUGGCAGUUGUUAUAUGUAAAAUGUCAGUCUCAAAUAUUAUAUUGUCAAACCAUUGCUGACUGGUGCUACAUCUAUACUAAAACUCGCAAGAAACUAACUAUAUUCAACAUUGUCCAUAAUAGCACCUAGCCUACCACCCUCUACUUAUGGCACUGCACAGCCAGAAGUAAAUAUAUUUUAUUAUGUAGAAGUGGAGUGCUACUUUAAAAUAUUUUACAUUUUAAACCCAGUUUCGCAAUGAUAAUUUUUAGCAAUUGUCCUACAAUGUAUGCAUACACGUUUCAAGUAGUUUAAAUUUCUUAUGCUGAAUAAGUUUGUUUGAUUUCACAAGAGAGAUGCAGCUAUUGUUGCCACUAUUUGAAAAUGCUGAAAACACUGUAUUUUGAUGUGAUUUCGACAUCAAACACAUGUAUGUGUUUGUCCAACAUUAUUGUAUUAUAUUAUGUAUUAUUGUCCAACAAACACAUGUAUGUGUUUGAACCAGCACAUUCUGACCAUGGAUAGAUAAUUUUGGCAGGGAAAGCAGGAAGGGCUGUAUUCCAUUGAAUGGCAGUAGGCCUACCUAAUAGCUUUCCGGGCUAUUUUAAAAGUUUGUAUGUAUAGGUUAUUAGUUUAGUAAGCAAAAGUAAAGCCUGAACUAUAAUAUGCUGAAUGCUCUAACAUGUCAUUAUAUAGCUUUAGGAAAAGCUCCCUAGAAUGAAAUAGAAGACAAGUUUAUCCAUAAUUAUGUUGUAUAAUCUUUUUGGUAAUUAAAAAUUGUAUGUAGGCCUAUAUUCCACAAUUUAGUAUUUUGUUAAUUUAUUUUUUACUUACAUUUGCUUUUUGUGUUGUACUGUUGUAGCAAUACUGGUUGUCUAUAAGUCCCAAAAUAGAUAAACAGAUGGUUUUUUACAAAUAAAAGUUUUACAAAAACUAAAUUCAUACUUUUAAAAGUGAUAAAAUGGUCAUAAGAGGUGAUAUUGGAAUUCAACUGAUCGCUUAAAAUUUGGUAUUUUGAUGACAACCUCAAAAAUUCAGACAACAUAUUUUGUACAUUGAAAAAAUACAUUAAACCUUUCUAGAAUGAUCACUCUUAACAUUAGGCAUAAAUAUUUUUACAAUAUUAUCGUAUUUGUAUAUAAUUGUGUAUAUGCAAAGUAGUUAAGGUUAUAAAGCUGUGAUUUUGUAAUAUAUUUAAAUAUUGUAUGUAUAAUAUCCAUGACUAAUUUGUUCAUUAUUGUUAAGAGUUCACUAUUUAGUUAUUUGGUACCUUUAAAAAAAACCUUCCUACAUUCUUCCAUUAUUUAAGUAUCAGUUUGUAUGACUAAAUGUUUCUUUAAUUUCUUAUUUAACAAGUUGAUCUGUUUCCUCCAGUAAUAUUAGACUUUUUGAAAAUGUAUGUAUAUGUUUCUAAUUUAUCAUAGAAAUGUACCAUAGAGGUUUAUUUUUGUAACCUUCCUUUAUAGCAUAAUUCACAAUCUUGUAUUUUUAUCCAAACACCAUUUUUCAUGAUUUAUUUCUCAUUACUCCUUUUGUGAUUGAACAAAUUACGAUAUAGUAUCAAACUAGAACAAUUGUGUGACAUUUGUGUAUUUUAACAGAAUGUUUUAUUUGGUACAUCAGACUUAUGUUGCUAAUGUAUUCUAAGGUAACACUUUUUUCUAAGCCCUAUAAAACAGAGUGUUGAGUUUUGAUUGCAAUUUUAUAUAUUUCAAUAAAUAUCUGAGUCA